AUGAUCCUGGGGAUCCCAGAGGACUGUAGUCACCAAGAAUUUGAAGACAUCAUACGGGCCCCCCUCAAACCGCUGGGCAAGUUUGAAGUGGCUGGGAAGGCCUUUCUGGAGGAGGACAGAUCCAAGGUAGCUAUCAUUAGGUUGGCAGAGGACCUCAAUUACGAUGUGGUCCCCAGGGAGAUCAAAGGCAAGGGCGGUAUGUGGAGAGUGGUCUACAUGCCCAAAUGGCAGGACAUCAAAUUCCUCACCAAACUCAAUUUGUUCUUGCGGAGAGAGGGCAGGACGGUAGAGGAUGUGACGCGAAUCCUCAGGCAGGAGCUGUGUCCCACCACACUAGGUCUCGGAGAGCUGCCUCCCAGGAAGUGCUGCCUGUCUCCCCAAGGGGAGAAUGCAGACAAGGAGGGCAUCGCCAAGAAGGAUGGGGUCCCCCUCCUGGAGGACCCAGAGAAGGAGGACAAGCCUGAAGAAGGAAAGAAGGGCAAGAAGAAAACCAAGAAAAAUCGGCGUCGACAGCAGGCUUCUGAUAAGAAGCUGUGA